UGUUACUGUACGUGUACUCUAGCUUCUGUCCAUGCAUUUAUUACAGAUCACAUAAAUCUUGAAGAAUAAACUUGAGGACGAUGGCUAGAAGUUUUAUUUCUGACUGGAAGGUGAACAACGCUGCAAUGAGCUGCUUUUUUAUUUAAACCAUGCUCCUGAACUCCAAGCGACCAUGCUUUGGCUCUUGUUGUGCGUCGUGGUCGGGGAUGUUCUUGUGGCUACAUUUGAGGUGAUUGCCCCUAAUAAACAUCUGCUGGCAGUCCGAGGUCGUCCAGCUGUACUGGGCUGUGAGUUCACACCUGGUCCUGACCUGUCCAGCUUGGUUAUUACCUGGCAACGACAGGAGGACUCACGAGUUGUCCACAGUUUCUAUUAUCAACAGGACCAAUUGGACCGACAAUGUCCAAAAUACCACAAUCGGACCUCAUUGUAUGUUUCAGAGCUUCAUAAAGGAAAUGCCUCUCUAAGAAUUCCAUCAGUUGAACUGAAAGAUGCAGGUUGGUACCUUUGCAUAGUCAGCAAUGAAAAGGGAACAGGAAGAGCCUUGCUGGAAGUGACUUAUGGAGCUCUUUACUCUGAACCCAGGUUAAGCUUCCAUGUAAACUCCUCUGCUUUAAAAAUGCAGUUUGAGACAGAAGGUUUCCCUAAACCUGAGGUGAUCUGGCUGGGGGAACACAACCAGAACAUCAGCCAUUACAUGGAAAUCCAUGACCAAACAGAAGAUGGACUUUAUCUCAUAAAGAGCAGUUAUGAGGCUCAGAAGCCAGUGGUUAAUGUCACAUUUACAUUAAAAAAUCACCUCCUGAACCAGAACCUUCAGAGAACGGUGUGCCUCAGCUUUGAUGAGGACACCACAGACCAUAGGAUUAUUGUACUUGCUGUCCUGUCAGUGGUUUGCAUUCUUCUGUUCAUUGGCAUCAUUGGGUUAGCAGUGCACAAGCAGAACAAGCCGAGAUCUUCGAUGUGAUGAACCAUGACAGUUAAUGAAUGGUGUUGGAGCUGUUCCCAAAAAGUCUGCAGGCAUGUUUAGACUUGUGCUAAACAUUACUGGUAUUAUUAAUGAGAUGCAAGCAGAGAAAAUAUUA